CAACGUUAUUGUCGAUUUUUGUGUGUGGUAAAAAAAGCCGGACGAUCCGACAGAGACACCACGUGUCCGAAUCUAGAGGAAGUACGUGAGACAGUGGUGGGUGACCCAAGAAGGGAGAAGAAGAACAGGUCUUCAGGGUGGGGUUUACUGGUUAUAGCCGGUUAUUCGCUCUUCUUCUUUUUUCAGACACGUCCUCUGUGUUACUCGUAUAAGACCAGGGGUUUAAGCCCUUGUCUCCUUCCGUACUUUUUUCCCACAUUAAGGGGUUUUUCAAUUUCCCACAACAAAAUAAAAAUAAAAACAGAAAUUCUUUCUUUCCUGUAAAAUAUUGGGUUGAUGAGAAAAUAAGAUAAACAUUCUGAUUUCAGUCUGCUGAUUCUUCUGAUCGUCGUGCAUUUUCUUAAGAUUAUUGCAUUCCUCUAUCCGGAAAAAAAAGGGAUUUUGUAAUCCGUGACCGUGAGAAUGCCUUCGUUUUGCUGAAUGACUGAAAUGUUCUUCGAAUCAUGGUGUUGCAAAAGAGGCUCGAUUAUGGAUUCAAUGGCUAUGAGGUGCCUCACACACCUCGAGCCGCUAGAUCACCAAGAAAGAGUGCUUUCAAGAAGAAAAGCGAAAACCAUCAAAUAUCGUCUUUCGAUUUGUUGGCUGCAGUAGCUGGAAAACUGUUGCUUGAAGGUGGGAAUUCUUCUUCCUCAAGUAACAACACCUCUGGUAAUAAUGAAGAUCAGUGUGCCGUUAAGAAAGAACCGCUUAAUGGCAGCAAUCUAAUGGUGGAAGAAGAGACUACUAAUUGUGAUCAUGAUAAUAAUAAUGCUGAAAGGAGUUUCUUUGUCUCUGAGAUUCUUCCAAAAUCUCAUGAAAUACAAAGCUUUAACAGAUCUCCAAGUCCCCUUAAAGAGUUCCAUUUUGGAUCUUCUUCUGGUAUAACUUCUGAUUCCUCGGACAAGUUUGAAACUCAAGAAUUGGCGUAUGAUGAAUCCAAGAUCAAUAAUGGUGAUUGCUAUAGGUCAGAGUCUAAUGAUAAGAAAUCAAUGCUUGGGGGGCUAAAUUUUGAAGCAAAGUUAACAAGGAAUGUUUUAGCCAAGGAUGAGAAUCAUAUAGGUAGUGGAUUCAGGAAACCAAUUCCCCAAAAUCCUUCAGCAUGCUCUGAUGCUAUAGAUUUACACGGUAAGGAAAAUGAUGAUGGCGAAAACUUCUCAGCAUGUUACAGAACAAAAUCAUUUAGGUCAACUCUGCGUAUCGGAGAUAGAAGAAUAAGGAAAGUUUUAGCUUCCAAGUAUUGUAAAGUCCCUCCAAAGCUGAAAGAUACAACGGUACCUAAUUCAGACUUGGACUUGAAGUCUGAUUACUAUAGCAAGAAACAUUGUCUUAAAAGCUUAAGAUCAGAGAGAAACUAUCCAAUCAAGAAAAGAAGAUACUUUGAUGGUUAUACAGCAUCACAAUCCGAGGAAACAAGUAAAAAUGAAGGCCUUCCUGGUUCACCUCGAAAGGCUUCAGCUUUUCUAUCUUCCAUAGCUUGUCAGAAGCAACCAGCAUUCCAAUCAUCAAGAGAUUCUAAUAACGUGAAACUUGGGAUCAAGUCAUUUAGAGUUCCUGAACUUUUCAUUGAAAUUCCUGAGACCGCUACUGUCGGUUCGCUAAAGAGGACAGUCUUGGAAGCUGUGACCUCGAUACUUGGAGGUGGAUUACGCAUAGGUGUUCUUGUUCAUGGAAAAAAGGUUAGAGACGACAGUAAAAUGCUUCUUCAGACUGGACUCUCUCUAGACACUCUUUCAGAUAAUUUAGGGUUUUGUCUUGAGCCCAAUCCUCCACAAUCCACAAAACCGCUUUCUACUGAAGAUUCUGACUUUGCACGUCCAUGUAAUGUACCUCACACUCUAACAAGGUGUUUCCCAUCACCAGGGAAGCAUGCUAAACCGAGUAAUUCUGUAGAAAGUGACCUUGACUCCAAACCCUCUGCACCAAAUAGGGGUAAAACCAUCUACUCCAGAGCCUUGGAUCCUGUCCCUCUACAUGCUCAGGCUUUGACAGUACUCCCACCUCGGAAAACCAAGCGAUCUGAGGUGGCACAGCGUAGAAUCCGUCGACCUUUUUCUGUUGCCGAAGUAGAGGCCCUUGUUCAAGCUGUGGAGAGACUUGGGACCGGAAGGUGGCGUGACGUAAAAUUGCGAGCUUUUGAUAAUGCUAAGCACCGAACUUAUGUUGAUUUGAAGGACAAAUGGAAGACGUUGGUGCACACAGCAAGAAUAUCGCCGCAACAAAGGAGAGGUGAGCCAGUUCCACAGGAGCUCUUAGACCGGGUACUAACGGCUCAUGCCUACUGGUCCCAGCAACAGGGGAAACACCAGUUGCUAGAGAGACCCCAGCAGCUCGAGACCAGUCUUGGUCUAUAGGCCGCCGGGAUAAAAAUGUUAUCCUCGUAACGUGAAAAUUGACGUUAGCAGGAUAAACCUGGAAUUUUUUAAUUCAUAUAUACUUUUUUGUUUGUUUGUUUAUUUGUUUUAUGCAUGUAUUUGAGAAGAUUCAAUGUAAAAAAAAAGGAAUGGAUUGUGGUAAAGAAGAAGAAGAAGAUAGAGAUGAAGAUAUGUCAAGUCCGAUGUAA